UAGAGAGUAAUAUUUUUGUCGGUAUGACAUAUCGAUUUGUCUAAAUAUUGUCUCAGAACAAUUUAAACAUAAUUUAAAUUUAUAAUACAUUUUUUGUUUAUUUUGAAAGUCAAAAAACAAUAAAAAAAAAUAUAUAAAUGUGGCAGCUCGUGGUUUGGGCGGGACGAUUGCACCCCCCACUAAAAUUAAUUAAAUAUUAUUCUUAAUAAUUGUACAUUUUUUUUAUUAAAAAUGCUCAUUUUUAGACAGUAAAAUAGUUAUAAAUUAAAUAAAUAUGCGGUGUGCGAACAUUAAAUUUGUUUCUCUCAGAUACCGGCUAGGAGCGUAAUAUUGGUACGCAUGUACAGACGAGCGACGACGAGCCGUGUUUGGAAGCGUCGUCCGAGCAAUAUUCUGUACAUCAGUAUCGUUGCAAUCGUGUGCGUGCGGGUACGUUAAACGUUUCAGAUGCGUUCUUUUAUGGCGAUUGGCGGGUAUUGGACGACCGGCAGCGUCGUAAAAGCAAUAAUAUUCUGAAUACGUAUAUAAUAACUUAUAAGCGAGGCACAGGUGGCGCAGCAAUCGUACUGUGCGUGCGUGUUGUUUAAACUGCGAUGUUGUAAUAUACGGGGGGGGGGGGGGUUGGACGACCGGCAACGUCGUCCAUGCUCCAUGCAGUAAAAUAUAUUGAUCAUUGAUCAUAAAUACUAUAGUGUUAUGAUAUAACUAUAUUGGUUAAUUUAUUUUUUAAAUUAACAGCGUUGUCGGAUGCUUAUCGCUAUUACUAUUAUUUUCAUUAUCAUUUUCUUUAUAGUAAGAUGUAUAUUUUCAUCAUACACUCGUACGUCUUGUAAGUAUAAAAUAUAUUGUUCUUAAUUUUAAUUAGUUAAACAUGUCGAAUUCUGUUCAUAAUUUAAUAAAUAUUAAAUUUUCUUCAUUAUCGUUUGAACAAAAACUAACCAUAAAAAACGAUGGCAGGCCUUUGCCGGAAUUAAAAGAUUUAAAGACUAAAUAUAAAAAAGGAAAAAAUGAAUAUUUUCGGAAUUGUAAUCCAGCAUUAUAUCUCAAAAAUGAAUGGUUAUGUGGAUGUGAAAUAAAACAAGCUCUUUUCUGUUUUCCUUGUUUACUUUUUGGUGGUGAAACAGCUUGGACUAAAAUAGGAGUCACUGAUUUGCAACAUCUAAAUGCAAAAAUUGUUAAGCAUGAAAAUUCAUUCAAACAUAUUCACAAUGCGACAAACUUAAAUUUGUUAGGCAAAGUUGAUAAAAGACAUCAAAUUGAUAUUGGUUAUAAAAUAGGUAUUCAACGCCAUAACGAGUUAGUAGAUAAAAAUCGCUACGUUCUAGAUAAAAUUCUAAAUUGUAUUAAAUGUUGUGGGAAACACGAAUUACCAAUACAAGAUCACGAUGAAAAACUAUCUUCAAAAAAUCAGGGCGUUUUUCGUGGAAUUCUCGACCUUUGUACUGAUUUAGACUCUAGUUUGAGUGAUCAUUUUAAAAAAUCUACUGUUUUUAAAGGAACUUGCAAAACAAUUCAAAAUGAUCUAUUGGAUUCUAUUCUAUCGGUAUGUCGAAAUAAAAUAGUAAAUGAAAUUCAACAGUCAGAAUUUAUUUCCAUAAUUGUUAAUGAAACCACUGAUAUUUCAAAUAUCUUUCAGUUGGUUUUUGUACUUAGAUACGAAGUACAAGGUCGACCUGUUGAGCGUUUUUGGGGCUUUGAGAAUCCAAAUGGACAUAAUGCCGAAGCAUUAUCACAAACUAUUUUUGGUUUAAUUGAUCCACUUAUAGAAAAAUCACCUAAUAAAUUGAUUGCUCAGUCAUACGAUGGUGCAGCAGUUAUGAGUGGCCAAGAAGCUGGUGUUAAUGUGAAGAUAAAAGAAAAGUACCCAUUCGCCUAUUUUAUUCACUGCCACGCUCACCAAUUGAAUCUCAUAAUGAUACAAUCAAUUUCAAAAAAUAAGCAAAUUCAUAUAUUUUUUUCAAAUUUAUCUGAAAUACCAGUAUUUUUUUCUCAUUCACCACAGAGGGUAUCAGUGUUAGAUGAAGUAGUCGGUGUUCAUUUGUCAAGAGUAGUACAAACUCAAUUGAAUUUUAAUUCAAGAACCGUUAAUAUUGUUUUUGAACACAGAGAAGACUUGAUAAUUUGUAUGGAUAAAAUAAUUGGAGCAUCUUUACAAGCUAAAACAAUUAAUCAAGCCACUGGUAUUAAAAGGCUUCUAGAAGAUACUGACUUUAUAUUUUGGCUGAAUAUUUUUCAUAAAAUUAUGCCACAUGUUGACUGUUUAUAUAAUUCAGUCCAAGCCAGAAAAACAGAUCCUGCCCAAUUUUAAACCAAUCAAACAUAAUACAUUCAAAUAAAAGAAAAACUAUCGAAGACCCAAAUAUAACGAAAAGAGUUAUUGCUUUAGAAGUGUGUGAUGUUUUAAUAACUCAAGCAAA